CCCAAAAGAAUAUGCAGCAAUCAGUGCGAAGGUCGGCCUAUGCCCACUCAUCUCUCUGCGUGUGCGAGUGUAUGUGCAGCAAUGGAGCGAAGCCGGAGGCAAGACAGAGGCUGAUACAGAUCACCGGUGAGAAGGAAUUUGAAAAGCCAGUGGACUAUUAUGGAUACCCCCAGGAAGGAACGACAGGAUCCAUAGUUCCUGCGCAGAUGACUUUGGGAAUGGAAUCAGCAAGGUCAUUUGGAAUGGGAAUGGGAAUGGGAAUGGGAGCUGGGACACAAACAGGGCUUUGUUCUGAAUUCAAUGGCGCUCCACAAACAGCUCCUGAUCCGUUGGCAAUGACGGAGGUAAUAUCAAAUUCCGGAUUGAGAGAAGUUCAAAUUCCAGUGCAUCCUUCCUGGUUUACUGAGGUUGCAGAGCCUUGUUCAUCUGGAGCAGGAGGAGGAAUGGAAUUGCUUCGCACUAGAUUUGAUGCGGUUCAAAGACAAGUGAAGAGACAGGCUGAAGAUCUGCAAAAUCUGAUCCAGAGCCUCCAGAUACUGGACCAGGACCAGACUGAGUUCAAAUCCCAGGCAACAUCUGCCCCUUUGCACUCUGGAAAUCCUUCUCCUUCUUGCCCUUCUCCUGCCUUAGCUUAUGCUGCAUCGAAGUUGAUGGGGCGGAUCCGAAAGGGGAGGAGGGGCACAUCGUCAUCGUCUGAUGGUGAAGUGAAGCAUCUGUCCCUCAAGGUGGCUGGUGACUAUGAGUUAGCGCUGACUGAGACAAUCAAAACUCCAAUUCAAUUUUGUGUCCCACUUCAGGAGGAAGAGGAAGAAAAAGAACAAGAACGAGAAAAAACAUCCACAUGGACAUCGUUGACAGAAGAAGAAGAAGAAGAAGAAGAAGAAGAAGAAGAAGAAGAAGGGAUGGUCUUGGAUAAGUGCCCGGAGCAUAAAACUGCUGUGAGAAAGUUGAUGGAGGAGGACGAGCAAGCAAAGGAUGAUGACCAGGAAAUGCGGGACAAGGUGAAAUCAUCCAAGCGUUCUUGCCCUCGUGAGAAGGAGGUGGGAGAGAUCAAGAAUGGGAGGAGGGGGCUGUCGUCCUCGUUUGAUGGUGAGGUCAAUCAGCUGCCCCUUAAGGUGGUUGGCCGCAAUGAGUUAGCGCCGACCAAGACAGUGAAAACACCAGUUCAAUUUUGUAUCACCCUUCAAGAAGAAGAGGAAGAAAAAGAACAAGAAAAAGGAAAGCCAACCACAUGGACAGCACAGACAGAAGAAAAGCCAGAAGAAGAAGAAGAAGAAGAAGAAGAAGAAGAGGAAGAAGGGAUGGUGUUAGAUAACUCUGUCUUCAAGUGCCUGCAAGGUAGAGCUGCUGUGAGAGAGUCGAUGGAGGAGGACGAUGAGGGGAACGACGAUGACACGGAAAUUAUGCUGGACAAGGUGAAAUCCUGCAAGCCUUCUUUCCUUGGCGAGGAGGAGAAUAACAGUUGCCUGCCGCAGGUGCAGAUGUUGUCGGAGGAAGAAAUCAAUGGGUCAGAAGAGGUUGAAGCACCAGUGCAUGCACAUUGGAAUUCUGAAUGCCAUUGGAACACAGACCGAGGAAGCAUAGAGAAUGGCAACACCCAGCUCUACGUGCAUAUGCAGGUACUAGAUGUCAGGGAUGAUGAUGAUGAUGAUGAUGAUGAUGAUGAUGAUGAUACCGACAAAGAACAGCGUGAUCCCUCAUCGUUGGCAUCGGGUUUCGCGUUCUGCCAUUCGCCUCACACUCUUGGAGACUCCAAGUUAGAGCGCCGGUCAAACAAUUCUCCUAUCCAGGGGGGUCAUGUCCACACAGACGAUGCUAAAGACCCUACAGCAUGGCCUAUGACUAGAUUCAGUCCUAACUGCUCUGCGCCAGAUAGCUCUAAUACUGAGUCUCUUCAAACCGUGCCUAUAGGAGUCGAGUGCAUCCUGAAAUUGCUGACUGUUGAUCGAGAAAUAAUGGACAGGCAACUCAAAGAAGCGCAGUGGGAACUCGGCAGUGGUAGUUUGGAUCGGUUCCAAGCAUCCCAGGCACCUCCUUGGUACGGGUCCAGUCUCUCAGGCCACGUCCACUGGCAGGUGCCAAACACUGCCGAUACCCGACUGUCCACACAAGAUGAACAUCAGAGACUUCAGAGAAACGCCCAUGGUCCAUGUUCAGGUCCAGGUGCAGACCCUGUCGUCAGUACUUUGAAGCAGAUACACAUGUCAGAGAAAUGCCCAUGGUCCAGGUCCAGGUCCAGGCUCAGAGUCUCUGGCCAGGUUCUGCAGGGUGUAGAUCUGCAACCGCAUACCUUGGCGGUCAAAGCGUCCAUGUCCAUGCCAAGCGAUUUUGCUCUCUCUUUUUCUUCUUCGAGAACAUAUCUGCCUCAUGUCAAAGAGACAUGGAUUGAUGUGGCAAAUGAUGAGAACACUGGGAAGUACAUUGUCUGGAGUGAGAAGAACAACGCUGUCGACAACAGGCCCAGCUUCAGUCUUGAGAGGCCAUCACCAUCAGCUUUUUCGUGUAUGUCACGGGAUUUUGAAACCAUGACAGGAGGAGACAAUGUCAUUCAAGUUCGGCAACCACGGUAUUGUCAUCAUCAUCCUGGGGGCCAGAAAUCAUCGAACUGUGAUCAUAGUCCUUCUUCAGCAGUUGAGUGUGUUCUUAAGCUGCUGAUUGCCGAGAGGGAGAUAAGGCAGAGACAGCUCAAAGAGAUGGAGUGGUGCUGAUCAUGCUAGGAACUGCCAUUGUUCUGAACCGUUUUGUCUAUAAUGGAAAAGACCGCUGGAGAGGCAACGUGAGAAUGACGCCUUGGAUGGGCAACUGCCAGCAUGAUCCUCUUUGCCCCCUCUCCAAUAGCGCUGUAUGACAGCCACCGUUUCAAUUUUAUACCCCUUCUUCAGGCUUCUUGUAUAUUGUAUGCACGUAUGUAUCCACAUAUGUAUGUAUGUAUGUAUGUAUGUAUGUAUGUAUGUAUGUAUGUAUGUAUGUAUGUAUGUACGUAUGCAUGGAUGCAUGCAUGCAUGCAUGCAUUGUAUCCACGUGUUGCAAAUUGUCACCGGAACAGCCCCUUUUCUACCCAGAUGAGUAGAUCCAGAGUUGAAGCAGCUUUACCUCAAUUGCAGACAAUCAAGCACUGUACAGAUGAGCCAAUCCAACAAUGAAACAGUUUUACCUUU